AAGCUGCAACUCAUAUGUUUCACAACCUGCCCAAAACUCAGCCAGCCAUCUUUUGUGUAAAAAUCAUUUGUUUCGUGUCGUCAGGGUAAAUUUCACAUUUGUAAUUAAUGUCAGAGCCACAGUCUUCGCUUUUAUUAAAAAAGCAGCUAGCAGAACUGAACAAAAAUCCAGUGGAAGGCUUUUCUGCUGGGUUGAUAGACGACAAUGAUAUUUAUAGAUGGGAAGUGCUCAUCAUUGGUCCUCCGGAUACAUUAUAUGAGGGUGGGUUCUUCAAGGCACACUUACAUUUUCCAAAGGAGUAUCCUCUGAGGCCACCGCGGAUGAAAUUUGUUACUGAGAUAUGGCACCCAAAUAUUGAAAAGAAUGGUGAUGUGUGCAUAUCAAUAUUGCACGAACCUGGAGAUGACAAAUGGGGCUACGAGAAGGCAUCAGAGCGGUGGUUACCAGUGCACACCGUGGAGACCAUUCUCAUAAGUGUAAUCUCCAUGCUGGCUGAUCCUAAUGAUGAAAGUCCUGCCAAUGUUGAUGCUGCGAAAGAAUGGAGGGAACGAUAUUCGGAUUUCAAAAAGAAAGUUGCCAGAUGUGUUAGGAAAAGUCAAGAAGAUUGCUUUUAGGAGAUUGAGGGGGACUUAGAUCAGAUUUAUUGUUGGAAAAGGGCCUCAUGACACCACAAUCAUACACACCACGUUGAGACCAUUGGGUACUAGGUCCGCAGCCCGCCGGUCUCAGACACCGAUAUACGCAUAUCACUUGUACGAGUGUGCUCAUUCUGUUUCUUUUUGCAGAAAGAAUGGAGAGAAUCAUAUUCGGAGUUUAAAAGAAAAGUAGCACAGUGUGUGAGAAAGAGCCAAGAGGAUUGUUCUUAAAUAACAGUGCCCUUUUUCAUUAAUUUAGUUGGAUAGUGAGUGUUUGGUGAUUCAGUUAGGACGUUGAGAGCAGGCCCCAGCGUGAUCCUAGUGCAAGCCCCUCCAUCUGGGCCAGAGACAAUAUUGAAAUUGAUUUAAAAAUAAAUACUUAUUGUAAUUAAAUGGUAUCGCUGCCGUAUUUUAUAAAUAAUAAAUUAAAAAUAGAAUUCAAGGUCUUUUUCAUCUUUUUUAAGACGUGUUAGCUAGCUAUUGUUAUAAUAAUGAAAUGUGUAUGGUAAUUUUUUUAAUGAGAAACAAAUCUGCAUUUGUUAAUUUUUCUUCUUAUUACGGUAAAGUUUGAUCUCUGUAUAGUAGAAACCAAAUCUGAAGUUGCAUAUGAUAUCAGCAAUUAUUAUUUAUUACAUUUCUCAAUUUGUAUAUUGUUUACAACAUGCAAUUUAUGAAACACAAUAAAUGAAAAAUUGUAAAAGAUCUUAAAAAAAAAAUGUCUGCAUGUGUGAAAUGUUAGUUACCGAAACAACGCGAUGGAUAUGUACACAUUGGUCGCUUCUCUGACACAAUUUUUAUUCUAGUGCUAAUUUUAGUAGUAAAUUUAAUACCUAAAUAAUUAUAAUUUUUACUGAAUUAAAAUAAAAUUUUGUAACUUAACAUUGUAUCGAUUAUACCUUGUCCAUUAUGAUUCUUGCUAAAGUUCGAUGAGUUUAUGUGAGAGCUACUAAAAGUAAUUAUUGUAUAUGAUUCAAAUCUUGGAUUGUUUGCAUUUUGUUGAAACAUUUUAAUCUUUUCUCUCCUUCAAUAGUGCAAUUUUGUUAUAAAUACAAUAAUGUUAAUGAGACAUGCCUUAUUGUCUUUGUUAGUAUUGUCAUGAUCGAUCAUAGAAUCGGUCAAAUGACAUAGAGGUAUAAUAAUUGUUACCGUUUGCAAAUUUAAUGACAUGAAUAUCGAACCCCAGAUCACAUUUAUAUCAUCGAA